CUCACAUUGUCGAGAGGAUAUACAACAUGUACGCCAAACUGUUCUGCCUGCUGGUCCUGGCCGCGGUGGCCCUCGCGCGGGAGUACCCCGCCGGCCUGCACCCCGCCGUCUGCCCCAACUACCCCUACUGCGACCAGAACGCCUGGACCAAGUUCACGCCCGACGGCCAGCCUAUCCCCGAGUGGGUCUACAACCCCUCCAUCCUACCCGUCGCGCCCGCUGACCCCUACGGCCCAACGAAAUACCCCGCCGGAGUGAACCCCGCUCUGUGCCCCAACUACCCCUUCUGCCGCUGAAGAUCUCUAGAUUACGGACUUUAGAUUAACUUAAUACCAGAUUUUCGUACGACUUAGGAUAAUGAUUUCUUUGCUCCUUAAAGGCAUAGCUGAGCUAUACGACCGACGACAAAUUCGAAAAACUAUUCAAAGGAAAGAAAUCAUUGCCUAACAAAUCCGCCUCGUAGAAAAUUUGCCUAUUGACACUGCCAUAUUUGUAAUUUUUACAAACUGAAUAAGAGUUUUUUACUGAAAAUUUGUAAAAAAUGUAAAUAAAAGAAAUGUGAUUUUA